AUGGAUAUGAAAAAGAAGAAGCGGAAGGUACUGCUCAUGGGCAAAAGUGGCUCAGGGAAAUCCUCCAUGCGAUCGAUAAUAUUUAGCAACUAUGUCGCAAAGGAUGUGCGGCGGCUGGGAGCCACAAUUGACGUCGAACAUAGUCAUGUCAAGUUCAUCGGUAACUUGACCUUGAAUUUAUGGGACUGUGGAGGGCAAGAUGCAUUUAUGGAAACAUACCUCGCAUCCCAGCGUGAGAAUAUAUUUUCUGACGUUGCAGUAUUGGUAUACGUCUUCGAUAUUGAAUCCCGCGAAGUCGAGCGAGAUCUUGACACUUACAGCUCCAUCAUCGGUGCCCUCCAAGAAUUCAGCCCCAAUGCCUACGUUUUCUGCCUCAUACAUAAGCUCGAUUUAAUCCAGACUGAACAUCGAAGACGGAUAUGCGAGGAACGCUCGGCCCUGAUUCGUGCUCGAUCCGGCUCAUUCUCAAUUGAUACGUUCGGUAGCAGUAUAUGGGAUCAGUCACUGUAUAAAGCUUGGGCGGGGAUUGUGCAUAAACUUAUCCCCAAUCUUUCCGUCAUAGAAAGAUUUCUGCAUGCAUUUGCUGCGAAAAUUGACGCAGAAGAGGUGGUUUUGUUUGAGCGAUCUACUUUCUUAACCAUCACCUCAGUCACCUCCGAGGUGGGCAAACUAAAUCCUAUUUAUGAUCGUCACGAACGGCUAUCAAACAUUAUGAAGGCGUUCAAACAUUGCGCUGCGAGGAAUACACAUACUACUCCUGCAUCGGCAAGUUUUCUAGUCAUGCACACGAAAACUCCACAGUUUAACGUGUUCCUCGGCCUGUUCACCGACAAUACCUAUAUACUAGUCGUGAUACCGCCUGGCGAAGCUGCGUACAACUGUGCGGUUAUGAACACGAUGCUGGCUCGAGAAGGUUUUGCUAAAGGGUCCUCAGGCGGUAGCAGCGAUGGAUUCCCGCUCUCAUAUUCUGAUACUCCGGGUAGCGUACCAAAUGGACAUCACAAUGGACUUGGCUGA